CCUAUCAGUGGGCGGGGGCGGAGCGUGUCCCGGAAGUGUCGGGACAGGGAUGCGCUGGUGGUCGGCGGUGCUGGGGCUGCUCUUGCUGCGGCUCGGGCUCCAGGCUCUGCGGGGUUUCAUCGGUCCGGGGGCGGUGCGGGCGGCCAGGUCGGUGAAGUCGGGCGCUGCGGCGGUGUGCCGCACCUCCUAUGGGCGCUUCCACCUCGGGGACGAGUAUGGGCGCAGGUACAGCUCCUUCCCGGCCGGUCUGCGCCGCGAGAUGCGGGAGAUGGCGCGGGGGAUGUUCUCCUUCGGCUACGACAACUACAUGAGAUAUGCCUUCCCGGAGGACGAGCUGAACCCCAUCCUGUGCCGGGGCCGAGGGCCGGACACCGGGAACCCUUCAAAUCUUAACAUCAAUGAUGUCCUGGGGAACUAUUCUCUUACCCUGAUUGAUGCCCUGGACACGCUGGCGGUCAUGGGAAACGCCAGCGAGUUCCAGCGGGCCGUGCGCCUGGUCAUCGACACGGUGACUUUUGAAAAGGAUUCCACUGUGCAGGUGUUUGAGGCAAACAUCAGGAUUUUGGGGAGCCUCCUGUCCGCACACAUCAUCCUGACAGACGCUCAGCAGCCGUUCGGCAACAUGACGGUAUAUGGUUACGAUGAUGAACUUCUGCACAUGGCGCACGACCUCGCCGUCCGGCUGCUCCCAGCCUUUGAGAACACGAGAACGGGAAUGCCUUAUGCGAGAGUGAACCUGCAGAAGGGGGUGCCUCCUGACAGCCUGAACGAGACCUGUACCGCAGGGGCUGGAUCUCUCCUGGUCGAGUUUGGGAUCCUCAGCCGACUCCUCGGAGACUCCACCUUUGAGUGGGUGGCCCGCCGCGCCGUGCAAGCUCUCUGGAACCUCCGGAGCAAUCACACGGGUCUUCUGGGCAAUGUGGUGGAUAUACAGACGGGCCAGUGGGUGGGGAAGCAGAGCGGCCUGGGAGCCGGCCUAGACUCCUUCUUCGAGUAUCUGCUGAAGUCUUACAUCUUGUUUGGAGAGGAGGAAGAUUUGCACAUGUUCAAUGAGGCUUAUAGAAGCAUCCAGAACCACCUGCGGAGGGGACGAGAAUCCUGCAAUGAAGGUGAGGGCGACCCUCCGCUGUACGUCAACGUGAACAUGUUUAAUGGGCAGAUCAUGAACACUUGGAUAGACUCUCUCCAGGCUUUCUUCCCUGGCCUGCAGGUCUUGAAAGGAGACAUAGAAGAUGCAAUUUGCCUCCACGCCUUUUACUAUGCAAUCUGGAAGCGCUAUGGAGCUCUGCCCGAGAGGUACAACUGGCAACUGCAGGCGCCAGACGUCUCCUUCUACCCACUCAGACCAGAACUGGUGGAGUCCACCUACCUCCUCUAUCAGGCCACCAAGAAUCCUUUUUACCUGCACGUUGGAAUGGAUAUUCUGCUGAGCCUGGAGAAGCAUGCCAAGGCAGAGUGCGGUUAUGCGACGCUGCACCAUGUGGUGGACAAGUCCCAGGAGGAUCGCAUGGAGAGUUUCUUCUUGAGCGAAACAUGCAAAUAUUUGUUCUUGCUGUUUGAUGAAGAAAAUCCGGUGCACACGACGGGGAACAGAUACCUCUUCACCACCGAGGGGCAUCUCAUCCCGCUGGACCCUCGUUUUAGGAACAAAGCCUGGAAAGAUUUCUUCCACUCUGAGCAGAAGACACGAGCUGACCCCGAGAAGCUGUCCCAGACCAGGCUGAGAGCGGCCAACGGCAGCACCAACUGUUACAGAGUUCCUGCGGAGCGCAGAUACUCCUUACCCCUGAAGAGCGUCUACAUGCGGCAGAUCGAUCAGAUGGUCGGCCUCCUUUAGCGUCUGCUCUUCCUCCUGACAAUCCUGAUACUUGAGAUGCAUCGAGGGCCUCCAAGAGUCGCAGGGAGAGCGUCGUCCGAGCCGGGGGCGUGCGCCGUCCGAGCCGGGGGGCGUGCACCGUCUGUGCCGGCGCUGCACAUUAUCCUGGACUCCGUGAACCUCAGGGACUGCGAGAACUUCACAUUGUGUCUUCCAAAGCUGCUGCAAUUCCACACAAGUAUCCCAUACUGACGCCACGGACGGUAGUGGUCUGGUGUCGUGGUGUUGUAUCCCAUACUGACGCCACGGACGGUAGUGGCCUGGUGUCGUGGUGUUGUAUCCCAUACUGACGCCAUGGACUCCUGUGAAAUCCCUGAGCCGCACCAAAGGGAAACUGACAAAUCCUGCUACAUCUCAACAUGUUUCCCGUUUAACAUAGUGAGGGAUUCAUAGAUCUCUGCUUGCUGUCAUGAAUGGGGACAUUCUUAUCUAACAGAGCCUUGAAAGCCUGUGCCGACCGAAUACUUCUCCCAGUUUUGAGGGAUUGAUUCCGUUGUAUGAAGUCCAGACGAUCCUCUUUGCGUUCAGUACAUCCCGUCCUGAUCGUUUGUUACAAUGUGUCAGUCUGGAAUUCACGCUUUUUAGCUUCAAGGGGUUUGUUUAGACUGGAUACGAUUCCACCAAGCAUGAGGUCAGGAGGGGUGCUCGGCUUCAGUUUAUGACUUCUAUUCACUGAUAGCAAGCAGAGAUCUUGAAAUGGUCGCAGAGCUCAUACAGCGAUUAUGCUUUAUUUGCAGAGGACUGGACCCUGAGCUUCUUCCUGUCGCUGACUUUUCUGUGAAAUAAAUUUUUUUAAAUUGCCAAAAUGAGGGCGGUCGGCCCUGUGCAUUAUGUGCCGCGGCGGCGUCCUUCCGCCAUUAUCGAUUUUUCCCGUUAUUCGGCCUGUGGUGGACGCCUUCACACGAGGAUUUCCAGUUUGUGCCUCCAGUUUACUGUAUUUAUUUAUCUGUAGAUUUAAUUACAAAUCCUGGAUAUUUUACACUUUUUCUUAAGAAAUGUUGAAAUUAAGCGGAAAUCUUCCACGCGACGACAUCGGCCGGGGGCGGAGAGUCGGGCCUUUUCUGGAUGAAUGUGUGUGUGGUCACUUGAGUGCCUGAGCCGUGUCCUGACCUCACUGCCGUCAGUCCUAAUAAGUAAUGGGAAUGUCCAGGGCCAAAAUCCUGAGCUGAUGACUUUCUUUAUGUAAACUUCAAGUUUUUCUGAUACAAAGCUCCAAAUCUCCUGCAUAGAUAUAAUGUUACAUGAUAAAAAUCUCUACCUGCAGCCACCACUAGAGGGAGCAUACUGAUAUAUACAACCACCACUAGGGGAGCACAGCAGCUUACUGCAGGUGUAUAUACAGCCACCACUAGGGGGAGCUCACUGCAUGCAGAUCAUAGAUUGAACUCCAUAGUCACACAUUACAUUUACAUGUAACUGUCUAUGCAGUAGAUUUGGAGCUUUGUAUCUUCAAAGUGGAUUUCUAUAAAGUUAUAUUAAGAGAUCCGAGCAGAGUUCUGUGCGGCGUUCACUUUACAGAAGUAUUCAGGGAUAAUCCAAUCUAUUUUUUAAAUGUUUGAUUUUUUUUAAUGUAAAACAGAGUCUUAUAUUAAAACUA